GAACAAUUUUAUGCAACAAAUGGCUAAUUACAAUCACCUCGAUACAUGAAUAAAGCAUUUUUGAAGUAUUCCUCGUAAGCCAACUUAGGGCAUAAUUGCUCAUUGGAUUCGAAACAAAUCAAACGCCAGACUCUGCUGGCUUGGCUCAAUCAUAAGUACAUUCUCUCAAUUGUAAUUCCUUCAUAUUCUCUAAUCAGAUCAUAUACAAACUCAUCUUUGAUUUUUUUUUUUUGCGCUAAUCUUCGUCGUCAUCUCCGUUAUAGUGGAAAUUUAACAUAAGUAGGUCAUUUGGAUAUUUUAUAAAGGAGCAUGUUUGGCUCAAGUAGCCCUUUUGGGCAAUCACCUAGUGCAUCCUUUGGAACGCAGUCCCCUUUCGGGCAAAGCAAUCCAAACAGUAAUCCUUUUGCUCCAAGCCCUUUUGGUGCUACCAACCCUUUUGGUUCACAAACAGGAGGUUCAAUGUUUGGCAACACCUCAACUGGUGUGUUUGGUCAAUCAUCAUCACCCUUGUCUUCAACACCAGUGUUUGGUUCUACUGCAUCAACUGGGUUUGGGAGCUCCAAUCCUGCUUUUGGAAGCUCUUCUUCAGCUUUUGGAGGUUCUUUUGGCCAGAAGCCUGCUUUUGGAGGUUUUGGGUCCAAUACUCAAACAAGUCCCUUUGGAAGCUCAUUUCAACAAUCACAGCCUUCAUUUAGCAGCAAUGUAUUUGGUGGUACAUCACCAUUCGGUGCAUCAACCCAACCUUCAUUCGGUGGUAACAGCUCCCCUGCUUUUGGAUCAUCAAGUACACCCUCAUUUGGCGCUGCAACUGCUCCAACAUUUGGAGUCAAUAGUGCUCCUGCUUUCGGUUCAACACCAAGUCCAGCUUUUGGAAGCACGGGAGCGGCCUUUGGUGUCUCAACUACACCUGCUUUUGGGUCUGGAGGAGGUUUUGGUUCUGCAAGUACUUCUGUCUUUGGAGCUGGCAGUGGUGCUGCAUUUGGUGCUACGACCACACCAGCAUUUGGUGCUGCAUCCACUCCAGCCUUUGGUGCUGCAUCCACUCCAGCCUUUGGUGCUACUAGCUCUCCGACAUUUGGUGUUAAUAGUGCACCUGCUUUUGGAGCUAGUACACCUGCUUUUGGUGCUAAUACUAGCACUCCAACAUUUGGGACACCAAAUGCCAGUACCUCAUCUUUUACUUUUUCUUCCAGCCCAGCCUUUGGUCAGACUACAUCUACAUUCGGUAGCACCGGUUUCGGAUCUACACAAUCCCCAUUUGGUGCAUCGUCCUCUCCGUUUGGAGCAUCAAUAUCAAGCACCUUUGGUGGUGCUGUUGGGCAGUCAAAUAUGGGAGGAAGUAGAAUUGCUCCAUACCAACCGUCCCCAGAAGUUGAUGGAAGUAAUAGUAGCACUGGAGGACCUGGAAAGUUGGAGUCAAUAUCUGCUAUGCCAAUCUACAAAGACAAAAGCCAUGAAGAGCUGAGGUGGGAGGAUUACCAGCGUAAUGAUAAAGGUGGCCCUUCUCCAACUGGACAGUCUAUACCAGGGAUGAACUUUGGUGCAUCUCCAUCUACCGUGCAGUCCAGUCCUUUUGGAACACCAACGUUUGGGCAAACAUCAACUAAUCCAUUUGGAACACCAGCAGCUGGUCAAUCGAACCCAUUUGGUUCAAAACCUUCAGUAUUUGGUUCUACUACUACCUCGACAUUUGGCUCCUCGCUUUUCGGUUCUGUUACUACGCCCUCCACUUUUGGAUCAACUCCAACACCAACACCUUCCCUUUUUGGAGCAUCCACUCCAGGAUUUGGUUCGGGCAGUACUCCAUCUCUUUUUAGUACCGGUAGCUCUUCUGCCAUUGGAUCGUCAUCUAUAUUUGGUUCUGCGCCUGCUCAGGGUGCCACCACAAAUUUUGGUUCCACUUUGAGCUUUGGGAAUUCUCAGCCAUCCUCUUUAUUUCAGUCGUCCCCAUCGCUUGGAAUAGGAAAUAGUUUUGGGCAAACUAGUUCUGCCCCAGGACAAACUUCUGGAUUUGGUCAAAAUCCUUUUAAUAAUGCAUCCGGAUUUGGAUCAAAUAUAUUUUCAAGCACCACUACCAGUCAAUUCGGCUUUCCUCAAACCACUCCUUCUCUUUCAACUUCUUUUCAGCCCAGUUUUCCCACGCAGACAGCCAGUGGUUUCAACAUUAGUACCUUCGGACAAACACCGUCAGGUUUGAGCAGUGGCCUUGGUGCAUCAAACCUGUUUGCUCAGGGUCUUGGUCAAACUUCUUUCAAUCAGAUCUCUGCAGUUGCACAGCCGGUUGCAGUCACAAAUCCUUUCGGGACCCUUCCAGCAAUGCCUCAUAUGUCAAUAGGCAAUGCUGGAACCUCACCAUCUAUUCAAUACGGAAUAUCUAGCAUGCCUGUUGUUGAUAAGCCUACCCCUGUAAGAAUUUCUUCCUUUUUAACAUCACGACAUUUGUCUCAAAGGCGAAUCAGGCUACCUGCAAGGAAAUACCAUCCUAAAAAUGAUGGUUCAAGGGUUCCUUUUUUCAAUGAUGAUGAUGAAGCACCUAGCACCCCCAAGGCAGAUGCUCUAUUUGUUCCCCGAGAAAAUCCUAGAGCUUUGGUUAUUCGGCCCAUCAAUCAGUGGACGAAAUCUUCGAAGAAGGAAACUUGCGUCUUGGUGCACGAAAAUGGCAAAACGUCUGAAGAAAUUGAGCAUACUCAGAAUGGAUCUACUUCUGAAAGAAAUGGUAGCAUUGCCAAUGGAAAUGGAUUGACCAAGGAACGAAGCCAUCCUAUAAAAAUCAACCAGAAAUCUGCUGAUGAUGAUACUAUGAAUCAUAAAGGAAAUUCCUGCAUUCCACUUUCUGGUCACAGAGCUGGUGAGGCAGCAAUUGUAUAUGAGCAUGGGGCUGAUAUCGAGGCAAUGAUGCCAAAACUUCGACACUCUGAUUAUUACACCGAGCCUCGGAUCCAAGAGCUGGCCGCCAAAGAAAGGGCCGAACCAGGUUUCUGCAGGCAUGUGAAGGAUUUUGUUGUGGGACGGCAUGGUUUCGGAAGCAUUAGGUUCCUAGGCGAGACUGAUGUACGAAGGCUUGAUCUUGAGUCCCUAAUCCAGUUCAAUAACCGUGAGGUGAUUGUUUAUAUGGAUGAGAGUAAGAAACCUCUGGUUGGUCAAGGUCUCAACAAGCCUGCUGAAGUAACUCUUCUUAACAUCAAAUGUUACGAUAAAAAAACUGGAAACCAGAUCGUAGAUGGACCAAGAAUUGAAAAAUACAAAGAGAUAUUGAAGAAAAAAGCUGAGGAACAAGAGGCUGAAUUUUUGUCCUAUGACCCUGCAAAAGGAGAGUGGAAAUUCAGGGUCAAGCACUUCAGCAAAUAUAUGCUUUGCGAUGAUGAUAACUGGGAUAUCGAUUGACGCUCCUUCUUUCCCUUUUAUAAUAAAGGAAAAUAGCUUGGUCCAUGUAUCUGGUUGCUGCAAGUUUUCUGCUAGCUGAUUGUAAUGCUUUUCUCUGGCAGAUUUAUGUUGUGAUCUUUAUUUUUGGUUUUCUAGGUUUUGUAUAUGCAACGAAUUUAUGGUAGUUUUGUAGAAAUUGUUGUAAUUUAAUUUCAAUUUUGGUGUUAGUACUUGUAGACCAUUUACAAAGUCUUGAGACUCAGGUCUCCUGGGCGUCUCUUCUGUGCCAGACGUGAAUUUUUUGUGGACUUGAUCUUCACUGCCCAAUUUUGGUUUAUUAUUUGUAGAAAUGGUACAUUUGGGUUUCAUUGCCCAUAGCUCACUCGGACUGGCACCUUGAUAUAAGGAUGUAUACGUAUUUAUAACUUUAGCGAACUUAUUCAUUGUACUCUUAUGUAUCUUUAAAUAGACACUCAUGACUCACGCUUCACCUGUUGCACAACAUUGAGCUCUUUAAUUUUUAUUUUUUUUUUUGUUUAUGCGAUGUUUUGAACCUCCUCAUAUUAUCACCAUGAUUUGUUGUGUUCCUUUGUCUUUUAUGUUGAAAUUUCUAGACUUUUGAAUCGCUUUGGAAGUCUCUUGAAGCAAUAGAGGGGCGGUAAUUGCUGCGACAAUCUCUAAAGAAAGUAUCAAUAGUCAAAUUUGU